AUGCCGCCAAAGCAAGAGCCCACACGGACUAACGCCGCUAGGCACGCUGUGCUGAACACCUACGAGCUCCUGGAAAGCAUCCUGCUUGGAGUACCGGUCCUCGAUCUCUUGACAACUACUACUAAAACCUGUCGGACAUGGAGGGAUACAUUCGUGAGCUCUAAGAGGAUCCGCAAGCUCUUGUUCGAGAGCAAGUUACCAGACCAAUGGGACGAUGUCGACGGCAUCAUCGUCAACGGCGUGAAGGGAAAGUAUCGCACCACACCGUGGAUCUUUCGCACCGACUUCAGACUGCUUGGUAGUCUCCAGGGCCACAUCCUUGUCCUCUACACUGGCACAUGUAAAUGGACGAUCUACGCCCCAACAGACCGCACCCUCGACAUGGAAAUCAAUCGCCUCCGGCUUGAGAUCGAGUGCGAAGUAGUCGACAACGAACUAGUCGAGCACGCUUAUCUGUAUCCAGGCCACCAGGUACCCACCGUGAACCAAGUGACCAAGAUCAGAUGGCGGGACCGAAUCCACGGUACAAUCGACGAGCGCAGUUUCAGAAAGCAGGCCUUCCCAAUUCCCUUCUGGAAUGAUACGUUCAUAGAGGAUACCUUUGAAUCAGAGGACGAAGAACGGAACAAGCAGGACCGAAUGCUGUUGCUGUACGCAGCCAGUCCGUCGAGGACUUGGAUAUUGAUAGGGCGCCCCGUGCAUGAAAGUAUUUGCUUGGCGAUGGGCGUGGCUGAGGAGAUGGAGGAAAUGGGCCACGUCGUUGAGUCACCAGUACAUUUCUUUGGGGCCGACUUCUCAGUAGCUGGGAAGGGUUGCUUAUAUCGGACGGUGAAGAAAGCGCUGAGGUUGCUAUUCCGCGCAGUCGGCGGUUCUAUGAUUCGGCAGAGUCUGAAGUGGCGAAAGUAUCGAGAUAAGUGA